AUGAUUAAUAGUGAACAAAUAGCUCAAGUGUUUGAAUACUUGAACAAAAGAGACGAAUGUCCUACUGAUAACGAAUAUGAUGGUCGAAUGGGUGCAAGAAUAUCAUCCAUUUUUGUCAUUAUGGUAACAAGUGCAAUUGGUACAUUAUUACCAUUAUUAUCCUCGAGAUAUUCCUUUAUCAGAUUACCACCAAUAGUGUUUUUUAUUUGUAAAUUCUUUGGUUCUGGUGUUAUUGUUGCAACUGCGUUUAUCCAUUUAUUAGAACCAGCAUCAGAUGCUCUUAGUGAUGAUUGUUUAACUGGUCCAAUCACUGAAUACCCUUGGGCUUUUGGUAUUUGUUUAAUGACUUUAUUCCUUUUAUUCUUUUUUGAAUUGGUUGCUUAUCAAAUGAUUGACAGAAAAAUUUCCAAAGAAUCAAACUUGGAAAAUGGUAAUGGUGCUCACACUCAUUCACACUUUGGUGAUGAAUCAAUGUAUACUAAGAAAGUCAAAGAUGAAAAAUUGAAAAAACUUGAAGAUGAUGAAGAUGAUGAAGCAGAUGAAAUCAGAUCUCAAGACAGCCACGCUGAAAACAAAUUAAAUCCAUACCCUUCACAUUUUGCCCAUGCUGCUGAACAUCAAGACCCCAGUGUUAUGGGAACCCCCGUUAAUGAUCAAUCCAAGGAACAAUACUAUGGACAAUUGUUGAAUGUGUUUGUUUUGGAAUUUGGUGUCAUGUUCCAUUCUGUCUUUAUUGGUCUUUCAUUGGCUGUUUCUGGUGAAGAAUUCAAGAGUUUAUAUAUUGUUCUUGUUUUCCAUCAAAUGUUUGAAGGUUUGGGUUUGGGUACAAGAAUUGCCACAACUGAUUGGUCCAGACAUAGAUUCACUCCAUGGAUUUUAGCAAUUGCUUAUACUUUAUGUACUCCAAUUGCUAUUGCUAUUGGUUUAGGUGUUAGAGAAUCAUAUCCUCCAGGUUCAAGAAGAUCCUUGAUUACUAAUGGUGUUUUUGAUUCUAUUUCUGCUGGUAUUUUGGUAUACACUGGUAUUGUCGAAUUAAUGGCUCAUGAAUUCUUAUAUUCUGGUGAAUUUAAAGGUCCUAAUGGUUUCAAGAGAAUGUUAUGGGCUUAUUUCGUUAUGUGCUGGGGUGCAGGUCUUAUGGCACUUUUGGGUAAAUGGGCUUAA